UUUUUCCCUUCUGACAUUCCCUUCCCUCAAAUCACAAACAUAAGAGAUAAACUUAGGUAUUAACCAAACCUGAUGGCUACCACCACCACCGCGGUUGAGCUUCAACCGGCUGCGGACAGGAACGUCACAAGAACCACCGCAGCAGCAGCGAACAGCAGUAGUACUACCUACUUGACAGGAGACCAUCAUGACGAUGUGAUGCAAGCAUCGCUUGUGGCGGACUCGGAGGUGCCUGACGGCGGGUACGGAUGGGUUGUCGUCUGUGCAUCUGCAGUCCUCUGCUUCUGGUUUGUGGGCAUGAACUACUGCUGGGGUGUCUUCCAGGCGGUGCUUGUCCAGGAGGGAGUUUCCUCUGCCUCCACGUUGGCGUUUGUCGGCUCGCUUACCACCGCCUGCAUCUCCUUUAUGGCCAUGCUCAAUGCACGAAUCUUUCGCAAACUGGGCCCCAGGCGGAGCGGAUUACUGGGGAUCUGCCUGUUCAGCCUGGGCCAGAUUCUGGCGUCGUUCACCACAGAUAAUGUCGCUGGCUUGCUCGUCACUGUUGGGUUGAUAAUGGGGAUUGGAGGCAGUCUCUUGUUUAUGGUCAGUUCAGUGACGCCCACCCAGUAUUUCAAGGCGAAGCGAGGCAUCGCCAAUGGGAUUGUCUUCGCUGGCGGUGGCCUUGGAGGAGCCGUGAUCAGCUUUGCGGCGAAUGGCCUGUUGCAGGCUGUUGGCAUUGCAUGGACAUUUCGGACGCUGGGACUCAUAACGCUGGCGACAGGCUUGCCUGCAGCGUAUCUGAUCCAGGCGCGCGCUCCAAUUCUCCCGACUUCCUUUGUCGAAUGGCGUCUGUUUCGCGACUACCGGUUUGUGCUGAUCUUCGUGGGAGGCGGCCUCGCAACGUUCCCCCUCUUCGUGCCCCCGUUCUUCCUGCCCCUGUAUGCGGAGUCUCUGCAGAUGACCUCUACCGCGGGCGCAGGGCUGGUCGCUGCUUUUAAUUUCUCCUCGGCCAUCGGACGUCUGCUUUGCGGCUUCAGCUCAGACAAGAUUGGGCCCCUGAACACCGUCUUCUCAUCUCUGAUGUUGAGCGCUCUGAGUGCGUUGGCGUUGUGGCCUGUCUCCAACUCCUUGGGACCGCUCACCGUCUUCGUCAUCAUUAACGGCAUGGCAAAUGGUGGCUUCUUUGCUACCAUGCCGACGGUCGUGGGUAAUGUCUUUGGCUCCGCUCGAGUGUCCGUUGCCAUGGGCAUGGUGGUGACAGGUUGGGGCGGCGGUUAUCUUCUGGGAGCCCCUAUUGCCGGAUACUUGCUGAGUGCCAGUGGAGGCGAGAAGGCAGGCGUUGAUGCUUUCCACCCUGCAAUUUAUUAUGCCGGAUCGAUGGCGCUUUGCUCAGCAGGCUUGAUGUUACUGGCACGUCUCGGGAUUGAUCGGAGAGUAAUGCGAAAGAUCUAGAUAUAGUAGCCAACAUAGCAGAGAGCUCUAGACAACAAAAGGUCUAGAGUAAGAAGGGGAUAGAAAGGCACACAUAUAUAAAAAUCUUAUUCUAGACCAUGUAUGUAUAUUCGAGAUAACAUAUUCCAUUACGGCUAUUUAU